GCCACAACCCAUCAAACUUAACUCAAGUCGCACGUGCUGAUGUUCGUCGCGUCGAUUUAUCGCUCAUUUCCACUUGCCCGUUGCCAGCGGAGAACAGGGAGUGAUCCUCAUUUCGCUAUCGUCCCCUCCUCAAUUGAUGUCCUUUAACAGCGUUCAAGGAGCAAAUUUUGGGGUUGAUCCGUCUCAAAAAUGCAAGUGGAUUAGGCCACCAGACCGAUGGAUGUGACUGUUCACAUCCUAGCGCACGAGUCUGACCAGGUGUACUUAACUAGACGAAGUGGUUAGAAUGAAUACGGCUGGGUAUAUCUGAGCAAGCGCUCCUUACAUCAGGGUCCAGCACCCGAUGUUUCGCGAGGGUCGCCCAGACAUUGGAUGUCAGUAAAGCACGCACUAAGCCGAUGGAGAAUCCCACAUGAGCUCCCUUCUCUGGAGCCGUCAGGAAGCGAUCACACCACAAGCACUUCCAAUCACGAUCACAGCACUCCGUCCAUCCAUUCCCAUCCUAAGUAGGAUCCAGAGAAUCAUUUCCGAUGCGCCAUACCAUCAGCAACUGUACAGAAAGAAUCCCAAUAUUUUCAUACUGAAAACGAUAUUCCGCACGAUCCACUCGAGCUUCUCUUCAGGGGUGGCGUCACGGUCGUCGGGACUGCCACUUUGCAUUUUACCCGGGCUCGAAGCAACGCACGAGCGAAAGGAUGACAACACCGUCCUGUCCGUCACCAGCAAGAAACGAGCCGGUGACAACGAGUUGCAAGGACCCAGUCCUACACGGUGCCCGUUUUCCCGUCGCAACGAAGAUAUGGUGGCUGAUGAGGGUGCGGUCAGCAGCUAUUUCCAUGCUUGGCUUGGUUGUUGCUUGUUCACCUCUCUCCUCCGUGGUACUUCUGGGUUCAUUAUCAUAAAAGAGGACGGUGAUCUCCUUGGCUUGACUUCGAUUGCCUGAUUCUCGUAUGCUGUAUGGUCGAGGUCUGUCCGAUCUCGUCGAUUGGUGCGGAAAGUUGGAGAGGUAUCCAUUCAAAAAAAAUUGGAGUACAUGAUACU